UCUGUGCACAACGAGCAACUCUUCGUGCAGUGCGUCGCGCUUCGCGAUGCAAUGAAGAGUAAACGACUGGUCUAACUCGUUCGACGAUUCUGCCUAUAUAAUCGGUUGGAAAAAGUGGUGCGAUAUAAAAAAAAAAAUAGUAGAAAAUCACCUCCAGUUCGCGAGAUCGAUCGUAUCGGAAUGUGAACCCGCGACGCGUUUUCAAAGAAACGGGGUAAAAGAGUAACAAAAAGCGAGAGAAAUUGAUAGAAAGCUCGAAUUUUGCUAAAUCGAUUGUAAUUAUUUUCAAAGAAGAUAAACGCCCAGCACGGAACCUGCUAUCGACGUUUUAUUUUAUUAACAACCAUCGCGCGUGUAUACGCUUCUUGUUCGUUAUUCAUUAGGAGAAAAUAGUGGCACCCCACCACGUGAACAAUGGGGUAUUUUUCCUUACACGUAGAGUCUGCCAACCCCAUAUAUCAGAGACAAUGAAGUCUGCCGCCACGACCCUUGAAAUAUCAGGAGCACAAAGAGUCCGUUAAGCUCUCGUCAGAAAAUGCACCAGACAAUAUUGUGCCCACGGUGCAUACAGGAGAGACUGAGAUUCCCCCCUCUCCAACUGGCUUGCAGCAAAAGUCGAUAAUACGUAAUCGGAUCCUCGAGUCCGCGAGAAAAACUGUGCAGCAGAGUUCAUUGACUGCGGGAUUUUGUUAAACGUCCGAUGGGGCACGUUGGAACAAGUGUAAAGUGACUUGGAAAAAUGUCCCUACGAUUACUUAAAAAUCCAGUGGUGUGUUUCGGAGCUUGCCGUCAGACUCAACGCGCGAUAUUACAUCUCUGUACCCACACACGCAGGAUAUUGCCUCGAGAAUACAGCCUAGCGAAUGAUCAGCGCGUCUAGGCGUCUAUCAGCGGGCGACAGUCAACUUUCGUAAAUAAUCUGUGACUGAGGGUCAUGCGGCACGCGGCUCCGAGCGAUUCCAGUCAGCUAAUUAAACGUCUUACUGUACGUGCUAAUUGAUCUUCGACAGAAGUGGCGAACGAAGAGUGGCGUCUUAUAUUCGCAACGGGAAUAAUUUGGAUAAUUUGAAAGUUGAAUGUAUGAUGCAUUGGAAUUUGACGUAGAGGUGUUGUCAAAGUUUAGAGAAAAAAGUGUCCGUGACAGUGAAUUGGGUUUGAAUCACAAUCAAAGUUAGUCAUGGCUGACGUAAAUAUGGAGCUUGAAGUACGUCCAUUUUUGAACAACGACAAUCAUACAAGCGAUGAACACCCACGCGCUGCUAGGCGGAAGGUUGAUAAAAAGCCUGGAACGUCCCUGUUCAUUAUCAUGAGCUUCAUCUACGCGAAGCUGCUCGUUGUUGUCUGCAUCGCCUAUGUCAUCAGCGAAGUAGUGACGCACAAGUUACCGUUGUACUAUUACGAGGGGUUCUUCACUUAUCUGUACGGAGCCAGCAUUCUUUUCCUCCUAUACGUAUUCUGCUUCCUACUGCAAGAGAGCGCCUGCUGUUCCCGAGGUGGGGAUUCCCCGCCGCCACCUCCAAGACCGCCAAAACCACCGAAGGAGCCGAAGGAAACAAAGGAUAAGAAGAAGAAAAAGGACAAAGAGCAAAAAGCGUCUGGCAAAAGCAAGAAGGAAUUCCAGGAUGCUGCAGAAGUCGAAGCAGGUGUGGCUACGCGAGCUUUGCGAAAACGUAAAACUUCUCAGAACGAUCAUAGUCACGGCAGUUUCUUCCUUCGCAUCGGAGCAAUCGCGUUUGGAUUGGGCACAAUGGUGUACAACGGUUUGGAGUUUGGCGCAUUUUUCGAAGUGCCACCUACAUCGCCCUGUUAUCAGAUUCUCAGAGGUGUUAAUCCCGUAUUGCAGAUGAUAUUUACCUUCAUGCAAAUGUACUUCAUCUUCAUGAACUCUAGGCUCAACAUACAUCGAUUCAAGGUAGUUGCCCGAUUUGGUCUGAUGCACGUAGUAGCCACAAACCUCUGCGUUUGGAUUCGCACUCUAGUAUUGGAAAGUUUAAAGGAAAUUACACAGUACCAUCAACGUAUAGGACAAGAAGAAAUUGGUGUUUUAGACACCAUCAAACAACAUUCUCAACGCAAUGCAGGGGUUAUUCUAGGCACUGAACCACGCGAUCUAGCUCAACUUCGCGAGGCUCCACUUGACUCCGUUUUGUCAACGACAGCAACGACAUUGGGAAGUACAACACUGCCUUCGAUGGGCAGAACUCUUCGCACUACCAUAAAAGCCGUAGCCAAUGCUCUUACCACAACUGCAGCAACGACGCUCACGCCGUGGACAACAAUGAGCACCAGCACUACUACCAUGAGACCUACAACCACCACGACUAACGUGCAACCGAUAACUCGCAGCAGAGCAACUACCCUGACAACUUUGCUGACGACGUUGAGUCGCACGACGACGACGACGACAACGACGACGACUACGACGACAACUCUACCGACCACAACCGUCAGAGCAACGACCACCACAGCUGCACCGUUCAUGCCGUUUCUCACGGACUUCAUGAAUUCACCGCAAAAUAACCCUCCGGUUAACCAGAUCUUCGACGUGAGUAACUUGACGAACGCCAGCACAAGCUGGAGCAGCCCAAAUCUUGGCUAUUACGCGGAGGCUUUAACCGACGACGGCACCAUGUCGAACUCUUGCGGACGCGUCAACAUCAUGGGGACCAUUGUCCAGGACGCCGCGCCUUACUUGUUCCCUUUCAUCAUUGAGUACAGUCUUAUAGGCGCAGCGGUGAUAUACGUGAUGUGGAAACACAUAGGGUGUUAUCCCCGAUGGCCACUCCGUGUCGAGGUUGAUCUUGAGCGCAGAUUAGAGGCAAUGUUGAGCCGUCGCGCGGUUGCUCUUGCCCACGCCGGACACGCCCGAGUUGAUUGCGUUGGUGCUAGCAAAGGUCUUUUCUUCGGGCUACUUUUACUGGUCGGGUCGCUGAUCUGCUUGAUUCUCUUCUUCGUAUUGAUACACCAUCCAGAGUUGGGGCUACUCGCGAUCUACCUUGCCGACGUCUCGCACUGCGUCCUCAUGGCACUGUCCAUUAUCGCCAUAAUCGUCGGCUUCAUACGCGUCCAAGGUCUGAAGUUCAAGGCUGAGGAACAGAGCGACUUGAACGACAUCCUCCUCCGCGUCUCGGCUUUUGGCCUUUUCGUUUACGCGGUGUUCAGCGUGAUCGCUGGAUCCCUGGCAGCUUUUACACACGAGCCGAAUCUCCUCGUUAUGGUAACUGGUCUUCUCUCCGUGGCUCAAGUUGUUCUUCAGAUGCUUUUUAUCGCCGACGUCUCGCGUAGGCGCGUUCACCUACCGGAACACGAUCGCAGCAAGCCGGGCCGCCAGGUUGUGACAUUCUUAUUGAUAUGCAACGUGACCAUGUGGGUGAUCUACACCUUCGAGACUCAGAAGGUGGUCGCGAACCCCGUCCAGUUGGACUUCUACGGGUUCUUGGCAUGGGCGAUCGUCCAACGCGUCACGCUUCCUCUUUGCAUCUUCCAUAGGUUCCAUAGCGCGGUUACGCUCGCCGAGAUAUGGAAGACAAGCUACAAGGCUCGUCUCGAGUAAUGUGAGCGAUAGUUGAUUGGGAAAUUAUGCAAUAAUGCUCAAUAUGCAAAAGAACGCGCACAAUUAUUUAACUGAGCUCAGCGGCACCGCGUGCCCGUAUAUAUGCAGAAAGAGAGUUAUGAAUAUAGUAGAGAGGAGAUAUACCUUGGACAAAUGAUACGUACGACAUACGCGUAUACGUACAUAUACAUAUACAUGUGUGGGUUAUACACCCGUAACAAAAUUUUUUGCAAUUGCCGGCCAUAAAACGUCGUACGACGAGUAGCGUAAUCGCGUUGCAGCUACCCGGAGGAUCUUUUCUGAAUCUAACGAUUAGAAUUGAACUCGAGCGAAAUAACGGGGAGAUUAUUUUAAGGAUAAUAAAGUGAAACAAAACGAUAAAUCAACAACGACCGUAUAUAGUGUAGGAACGUCAGAGAAUCUUUGCGGACAAAAAACAACGUAUUUUACGACACUAUCAGGACAACCUCUUUCUCUGUACCUAUAAAUAUAUUCAUUCGUCCUGCGACAUAUUUUUUUGAUGCAGCAAAAAAAAGUUAAAGUCGAUAGGAUGAGUUCGGUCACGUCUACCAUACACGGUAGGUAGGUGUAAUUGUAAAUCAAAUGAUUUCCGAAUAUACGUUAAAGCUCGAAUCUCGGGUGUCAUAUAGAAUAGUGGAAAAAUAAAUUUCAUUCCCUUUCAAUACGUCUGAAGAAAGAUGGUCUGAGCCUUUACCCUUUCUGGCAACGUUGUUUGUUCAUUUUGUUUUUAUUUUUUUGUUCCUCAACUUUCCACUGGGACACGAAAGAACUAGGAGACGACGGUGUCUCAUUUUGUUCGAAAAAAAAAAAAAAAUCACAACCAAUGAAUGUGAGAAUAUUGCCAAAUCUAAAAAUGCGUGCAACUGCGGCAGUAAAAAUUUCCUGUUAGUUUAAUACAUGCAGGGAAUGCACUGUUUCUUUUAUACUUUAAAAACUUCGGCAAACUGUUGUCGGAUUUUCUACUUUUAUACCCACACUGCAUUUCAAGUUGAUAAAAUUUCAAAUAACUCACACAUACUUAGCUGCAGGCCUGUCUUUCCGUAGCUGUGAGUCUCACCUCGCUGUUUUAGCCUAGAGUUAGAGCAGAAUUGGAUUAACAACAGCGUAAGAUUAAGCGGAGAGGUAAUCACUUGACCGCCACUCACGUACGUACACUGUACAAUUUUUAAUCAUGUAUAAAAAUCACCGGGUGAAAGCGAUAACUCGUACAUCUGACGUAUCUAAUAUUAAAGAUUAGUCCUUUUUCGAGUAAUUUUUAUUAACCCAGAAUUUAUAUGCAGGGUUUGGCAGUUUUUCUAUUUAUAUUCUACUCAGGUUCUCCUCACUACCGCCCUAACGAUCAGUUGAUACACAACGAGAGAUUGAAACGGGGGAUGGUUAACAUGACCAUAAUGAUAAAAAUAUCAAGGAAUGUGCGCCUUGGGAUAGACGCGAUUUUAAAUAUCGUCACGAUCGAUUUGAUAUUUCAUUGUUGGUAUUUAAAGCAUCAGCUAUUCACCCCCAGAUCUGCAUUAAAUUGCGUAUAUGUAAAGUACAAAAUUGUUUCUAUUUUAGGAUAUUUUUGCGUAAAAAAUCAGAGCUCUACAUUCUGUUCACUAUAUAAUUAUCGGUGUACGCAAGGAAGAAGAAAAAGGAUAGAAAAAAAAAAUUGAAUCAGAUAUUAUAUGAAAUGAAAAUCACGAACUUAAAAUAAAUAUAAUACAUAUACUUCGAUGAUAUUGUAACAAUGACACAAUGUGUAUACAGGGUCAUUUAUUCCUCGUUGAAUGUGAGAACCGGAUGAGAGAAAGUCGCUGGAACAGCCACGUCGGUCGUAUUCGUAUUCAGCAACGAAUAAAUAACCCGAUAGGUUAUAGAGAAUGUUUUUUUUUUUUCUUUGUAUAGCGCACGACGCAUAAGUGUUUUGAGAAUAUGAAGUCAUUACAAUAAAUUAAUAAACACACAACCACACUUUGGUAACGUAGAUGACAGGCUUAGACUUAGAUGUUAGCUUGCAUAAUGAUUCACUCACGAAGAAUAAAAAUUAAAUAAAUUAUUGAUUAAUAUUUAAGACUUGGAAUUAAUCCUAUUUUAAAUUCAUUACCUUAUUAUUAUAGAGUAUAAGAUCGUUGGGAAAUCAAUUCUCGUCAGAAAUCUCACACCCAAUCCUUGCCCCGCGUUCUUCGCCCGAAACAUCAAGUCUCCCGACAUAUGUCCCCCGAACCCUCAAAAUGAUUUGACGAGCCGUCAAAUCAGCAUCUACUCGGUAUUGAGUCUACAUAUUUUACGUAAAUGGUAAUAUUAAUAAAUUGUAUCAUCACACAUUAAUUACGUCUAUAUACGACUACAUCAAUUAAUUAUAUACACAUAGCGAUAUAUCGGUAUUUCAUGCCAACUCGACAAACUUAUAAUCUUGACCGUCUUGGAUCUCUUCCCUGAUUCUUUACACCGUUCUGUCAGAUCUUACAGAACAUACUCGUCAUUUUCAGAUCAUUGUUUUUCGAUGAAUGUAAUUUUGAACUGGUCUCGAAGGCCAAAUUAGUUGCACUGCCGUUGAAUCCGUAUUUUCAAUUUACGGCCGAGUUAUUAAAAGAUUUUGUUUGCGGAAGAGACGGGUCAAAAAGUUGAUUUCCAAGUAAAAAGUAACUUUAGUCCCUUUGGAAUUCAUGUUUGUUUUUUUUUUUUGUUUCAACCAUCCCGUGAUGACGUUAUUAAUACACUAUACAUGCAUAUAUAUGAUGUGUAAAAUUAUAAAUUUUUAAUGUAAGAUUGAUACAUGUUGAAUGUGGUGUAAAUAACAGUAAAUUAUUCAGCAGAGUGUUAGUGAAGCGAAGAUACCAGAUUUAUACUUUAUUUUAUCUGUUAAUUUAUUUUUAAUGUUUAAUUUAUUCAUCGCAAUCAUUAUUAUCGAUCAUCAUCUUCGACGAAUAGGGUAACUGCAUUCAUUGUCGAAUAGACGACACGAAUGGCAGUGACGAAACUGAAAAGAAGCUACCAAGACAACGUACCAUUUUUUACAUACUUGCAUAUACACUCAUCACUCGAUAUACAUACUAUAUCAUAUAAAUAUAUGCUAUCACUUCCGAUCGUUUAGUGAAACGACAUUUUUUAACCAGCAAGUACCGAAGUGUACCUACACGUUGAUGUAAUCGUGUUUAUGUAAUGAUUCAUAUCCAAUCGCACAGAUUUUUACCGAAAAUCAUUAAGUCAUUUCCUGCGUCCUUCUAUGGUCGACCUUUGGUUAGAUGUACCACGUAAAAUACACAGACCAAUGUAAUCCAGGUUCCUCUUUCGGUGAACGGUAAAAAAAAUCGGUUUCUAAUAGGCAUUCUUUAUUUUAUGUAUGUAUAUUGGAUAUUUCUAACUCACCCCGCCAAAACGUCUCGCCAAUACUCUGCGCUACAUUUUGACGAUAAAGAGAAACGCGUACGCGUUUUCGUAUCUUCAUAAAAGUGAAAUUCAUUAUAAUUAGAAUAGAAGACAAGACACUGCCACACCGGACCAACCAAUGCAAAACCAAAAAUCAGACCAUGGAAAAUGUUUUUCUUAUGAACCAACCCUAUUUAAGCAUUCCAAUAAAACAAAUAAAUCCAAACCACACUAUACAAGUCCCAUCCAAAAAUCGUAUUGAAAUUUUCGACCAUUGUAGAGUUAAAAAAUACAUGUACAUUUUACCCAGUAUGUAAUUAUUCUCGGGCAACGCAAUGUUUGUACUUUGCCUGUAUACAUCGUGGAUAAAAAAAUCAUCUGGUUUAUGUAACGCUAGUCUUACGAUAGCCAUAUGCUUGACCAUUUUGGUCAUGGAUUCAAAUUUAUUGGAUAUCGAUAUUUUGUUGAUAAUCCUUAUUCCACGAUAAAUUCGAAAAAAGUCUUUAAGGUAUACAGAAAUAUAUAAAGUAAAUAUGUACGAGUAAGUAUAGACUUGUGCAACGCUUGAAUGUUGCGCAGCCAAAUAAAACGAACUCUUGUCCAACCUUCGCCAGAUCAUUUGAUCAGUAACUAGAUGAGAAAUGGCUUGAUAAUCGAUGUGACACGUGAGUUUUGGUAUCCUUUAGAUAUCAAUACCUGACGAUAUUAGUGAUCUAUGAUCGUAGUAGGUGCGUUUUUGAUGUCCUUGAAAAAUUCACGUUUGUACACACUUGCACAAAUAAUACACAUACACAUACACACACACAGACACACACACACACAUCCUCCACCAUUACACGAAACACGAUUGAUAAAAGUGAACAAAAUAAGUACGUGUCGUCGAGUAACCAGUUUAUAAGUCAGUAGUAAUAAAACUAAAAAUAUCUAAUAAAGUUAAGUUUCAUUGUAUUCGUUGAUUGACAUAACGUUGUCGCAUCCACAACGUUUGUAACGAUGACUAUAUUGGUUAAUAAAAGUUAUCUAGAUGUA